CAACUUUGUCAUUGUUGCUGAUUUGUCAACACGUUACGUUGACCAAAAUAUAAAACACAUUGAGUUAAUUAAAAUUCAGCGUAUAAGAUAAAAUUAAUCAAUCACGUAGUCCAUGUAAGUAAUAGAAAUGCCUACAAGUGACAGCGAAGACUUUGAGAGUGCAGACGAAGGGCAAAGCAUAUCUGACAGGAAGGAAAGGAAGCAACGACUUUCCUCUUCAAAUUACAGUGAUAGUGCCUUAGAAACCCAACCAGGUCCUGAACAGUGUUCACCCAAUCCCAGAUCAACAAUUCAGCCUAAGGAAAAAGAGAAAACAUCAAAUGAUGGUUGGGACGACUUUGACAUUGAUGAUAAUAACUCAGUCGAAACAGCCAGUUCUGCAAAACAAAAAGAAAAAGUAGAAACAGUAUCAAAAGGCGAUGAUUCACAGGACACAGGAUGGGAUGACUUUGGCGACUGGGGCCAGGAAGAAACAGCAACAGAUAAUAAAAUUAAUACACAACCAUCAAAACCAUUACAGCCCGUACAACAACCAGACAAAGACAUCCGUGAAGUGACAGAGAGACUCGCAGCCACCUCCAGCAAGAGCUCCGGCUGGGGGUGGGGGUGGGGGGUGGACUCGCUGCUCAACACAGCCUCGGCUGGAAUAACAACUAUCACUAGUCAAGUCUCGCAGGGUAUAUCAACAGUGUUAGAGACAGGAAUAGGUGCACCAGACCCUGAAGAGUUGGCCAGGAGGAACCUAAAAGAGGGGGAUUGUAAAUCUACCACGGUUGAAGAAGUCAAAGAAUCGAGUAACGAUAGUGCCGCUGAUGUAGCGUUCCCAUUUGGGAACCUAAUUUCUGGUGUCACCAAGUUUGUCGAGAAUACCGGCACAAAAGUAAUAUCAGGCGGUCUAGACACACUCGAGACUAUUGGGAAAAAAACCAUGGAGGUACUACAAGACGGGGACCCGGGUCUGGCGCGGAAGCGUGCCAUGUUGGGGCUCCGCGCCGCGGACGCGCCCGUGCUGUCGCGCGUGCUCAGGGAGGCCAAGGAGAGGGCGGAGGGGGAGGACCGCCUGAGGGAGGAGAGGAGGGAGGCUAAAGAAGUGCAUUAUGAGACGCUGUUCGAUGAUUUUGAAGGGUUGGUCCACUUGGAAGCCCUAGAGAUGCUGUCGAAGCAGGUGAGCAUGCGCAUAGAGGAGCGGCUGCGGAGUCUGGAACCCCAGCCGCGACACGACGCCAAGGAGACGCUGCAGCAAGUCGCGGAGCUCUGUGAAAUGCCGGACGAGGAAGACGAAGAAGAUGAAGAACCGCCGAGCUCUGGUUCCAAAGCUGAGGUUUUCCACGAGAAACUGCAGACCGCUACACAGGAUCUCGGUUUAAGGCUGCAAUUUCAACAGCUAGUUAAACAAUACACAGACACCCUAGCCUGGUUGUCCUCCGAGGAUCCAUCCACCCAUAAAGCUAUAUACAAGAAGAGCGUCAGCGCUUUAGCGCAAGCCACCGCCUUAUCCGUGGAGAUAUAUCAUAAGGCUGCCGAAAUGCUAUUGGUCAAGACUAGGAGGUCUACUGCUGAUGAGGCUGAUGCACUGACACAAAUGACGGUCGUCCUAACGAAACACAUCAGUGAGCUGGCAACACAAUUCACGGAGAAAUUGAACUCUAUACCCGAUGAGAAUAAAGAACAGAAUAAUAACUAUAUUACUAACAUAUUUUUAGAGGCCGGCAAUAGUUCAACAUACAUACAGAACGCAUUUCAGCUGACACUACCAAUUUUACAGAUCGGAGCUGUAUAAAUGAUAAUCGUUAAUGCUUUAAUAUUGUCUGUAAAAAUUAAAAUAGUGAUAUUAUUGCAUGAUAGAAGUACAGUCUGUCUAUAAAAAGAUGAUAACGGAUUUUUGUGUGCCACCCAGUAUUGCCAGCCAAGAGGACGCAACGUCCCAUUUAUUUUCUACUGUUUAUAGGCAGAUUUUAGUUCGUUCUAAUAACAAAAAAGCUGGCCAUUCUCGAAAAUAUUAUAACAAAAUUAAUUAAGUAUAUCAGAUAGUAUGAAUUGUAAUUAUGCCUCUAUAUCUCGACGACCUCGGUGGCGCAGUGGUAGAGUACUUUGCCUCUGAACCGAGAGGUCCCGGGUUCGAUCCCCAGUCGGGUCAAAAUCAAAAUCAAAAAGGAAAAUUAUCUUUUUCUGAUUGGCCCGGGUGUUGGAUGUUUAUCUAUAUAUGUAUUUGUUUUAAAAUAUAGUAUCGUUGAGUUAGUAUCCCAUAACACAAGUCUCGAACUUACUUUGGGGCUGGCUCAAUCUGUGUGAUUUGUCCUAAUAUUUUAGAUUAAAAUCAGCUACGUUAUUUUUUUAACAAAAGAUAUGAUAUUUUAAAAAAUUGGUCUAAUUGUGUGAUUUGUUGCAAUAUUUGUUUUAAUAAUGUCACAGAUUGAUGUUACAUAAAGUUUAAAACAUUACACUUAAAAAUAAAUUUAAAAUAACACAUUUUAAAUAACUGUUUUAUUCACAUAAAUUCGCUAAUAAUUAAAAUUAUCAUGGCUGUUUACAAUAAAAAAAUAUAACAGAUUUUUUUUAAUAUAUUACAUUAAAAAUCUAAAUAAUCCACUCUAUCAAGAAACUUGACUUAAAGCGAACUACAUUUUUUGCCAUUGCAAUACCAAACAGAAUGGUCAAAAUUAGUUGAUAAACACACAGUGUUGCCGGCCAACAGGCGAGGGCCUGUGAUGUGAAUUCUAUAAAUGAGGAUUUAUUUUAAUCACUUUCUUGACGAGACUGUAAUUAAAAUUAUAAAUAAUAAUCAAUCUCUGAAUGUAAGCAACUAUAAUAAGGUUAUGUAAAAUAUGUAUAAUUGUUAUUUUUACCUUGUAUGUAUUACGGUUUUGUAUAAAAAUAUAUUCAAUGUUCAACAA